UAACAAGUUUGCCCUGAAACGUGAGACCACUGUCGUCACAGGAUUUUACACAGAAAUGGUGAAAGUAUAUUGGGCAAGACAGUGACUGCCAAACACAGCUCAGACAGAACAGCGCGCGCUGAAAUACUAUCAAGGACGCACGAGGAACAGGGUCACGCAGGAGUCAUACGGUGCAUGCAUUGAGCUCAAAUCUGCGCAGUCUGCAGGAACACAAAAAACAUCGCAAUUAAGGAUUUAAGAACAGUAUGCACAGUAAAGAUGCACCUUGCGAAUGCAAACAUUUUCAGGGCUGGUGUCAAUUUUGACCGUGUUUCUGUGGCUGGGUGGAAACCUGGUCUCACCCCUCCGACCCAUCUGUGACCUGAGGGUUCUGGACCACUUUGUACGAGAAGCUCGAGAUUCUGAGGUCAUCAUGCGAGGUUGCAGAGGAGGCUGUGGCGUGAUGAAAUCCUAUUUUGUUCCUCUGACUAGUGUUGACUUUGCUGUUUGGGAACAUAUGGAUGUUACUGGACAGGCCGUGGAGGUCCAGACUGGUCUGUCUCUGCUGGAUCAGGCCCUGAGUAAUGCCAUGAAAACAGUGAGCAACUCUCCUCUGACCAGUGCGCUGGAUAACAACAUCAGUAACAUCCACAGCCUCGGCAAGAUCCUGCACAGUCUUGAUUUACAGGCCAGGUCCACAGUUCUUCCAGAUGAUUCAGCUCCUGCCAGCGCACAGACGCAGGAGGUCUCCUCUCUCCCAGAACUUCUGCAGGUGCAGAGCAGUUUCCUGCGAGGGAAAGUCAGACUCCUGCUUUCAGCUGCACCGGCAUGCCAACGGCAAAACAGCUGAAGCGAGCUCAGGGAAAUGUUUACAGCAGUCACACAUACACAACAAACCCGGACAAGAACACUUAUUUGUGACAAGUUACCCAGUCUAAAAUCUUAAAGAGCUUGUGCAUUCCAGGUGUCGCUCUUCAAAUCGUCCUUUGCAUUCGAAAGCCUGGAGUCAUGUUUCUAGAGCAUGCAUCAUGCAGAGAGAGAAGCAAAACAGCAGUGAUUCCUCGACUUGUUCAACAAGGUGAACAUGGCAGAAGAUCCUGCAGAGGAACAUUUCAGAGCUCACAAGUGGACUCGAAGGCUUCUGGGUUACAGUACAUCUGAGACACUUUUAUUUAAUUAUAUUUGUAUGUUCAGUUACCUACAAAUCCAUGAAUUGUGCUGCUAUUUUAUUGUUAUUUUUUAGUUGGCAGUGUAUGCACUCUAAAGAACACGUCCUUUUCAGAGUUGUGUACAUUUAACAGAAGGACCAAAGGUCUUUUUUUGAGGGUUCAGUAGGGUUUGCCAAGUGGACACAAUGCUAUGUGGCUGCAUGCUUCCAUCUAGAGGGCAAAACACAAAGUUUAAAUGAAGAUUGAAGUAUACAUCAAAUUAGUGAAUACAUUUUUUUUUUUAGUAGAAAGCAGACAGUUUAGCACAACAACGUGCAAAUAAUGAGACAGGUCUGUCAGUUAGUUUAAUAACCUUUUUUUAAUAUUGUCCAGUUCAGAUACACAACAUACAGUGUGUAGUAACCUGUAUAGGAAAUAGAAAUAUGAAUUCCAUUCUUUAGACCCGUUGCGGUCAUACAGUCCUCCCCUCAUCUCAAGCCUUUUUUACGUUGCUGAAAUUCAACAAAAUGAAACUCAA